CAACUUCUUACAAAUUUGAAGUAAGCAUUUGUAAAUUUGUAAUAUAUGCAUAUAUAUGUAUUACGAUAAUCAAUUUAUAACUAAUAUUCGAAUGUUAAAUUGAAAUCACAAAACAUAAAUUGAAGAUGUGUUCUUGCGACAGUUGUGAAUGUAUGGACUACGUUUGUUGUACGCCUAGAGGAAAAGCCGUUUUUUUCUCACUUUGGACAAUUGUUAAUAGCGCAAUUGCCAUUGCUUUUUUGAGCUAUGCUGAAGGAAGCGCUUGGUAUAUGUACAUCUCUUAUGCCGUGACAGCUUUGCAUGUUUUGGGCGGUAUUCUGCUGCUGCUCGGCGUUCUAAGGCACUGGGCCAAGUGUUUUCUUACUGGCAUUAUUAUAAGCUCAUUUUUUCCAUAUUGGUUCAUAUACUUAAUUUACUUAGCAGUCGUCCAAUUGAUCUUUACAAUUACCUCUUGCAGAUAUUAUAGCACUGUACUAAAAAAGAGUUCAAAUAAUCAUUAAAUUAAACUCAUCGAGUACAUUAAUUAAAUUGCAUAUAGUACAUUUUACAAAUUUUAAUGAUUUGGUGCAAGACCGUUAACUCACAAACGUAGACAGCACAUUCAAUUAUUAUUGCACUCAAAUGCGUAUAUUGUCAAUUCAUGACCUGAGCGAUAGCCAUUGGAUAAGAUGCAGACUGUUAUUAAUGAUGAUUAAGCCUUGGAACCUCUGUAUGCGAACCUUUAUUGGCUUUUAUUGGCUGAUUGAUCGAUAAGAGUCAACUUGCGUAAGCACAUUUUUUUUCCAUCAAUACGAUCUUCUAUUGCCCGAGAAAACAACCAUUAAGAGUAUUCAAAUUGACUUUUCGAACAUAAUCUGUGAGGAACCACGAGCAGCCUGCAUGAUCUUAAUGCUUUGGAAUUUGGCUUGAACUUGGCAAAUGCUGUUCCAGUUGAUAUGGGAGCAGAGCGUCAUAUACAAUAUCUUGCUCAUGAGGCGGAAUCUGUCUUUACGGGAGUCCAUCAUCCAGGGUUGCGUUCGAGAACCUUCUGAAGCCUUUUGAAGAUUCUUUUAUGUACUCUUUCUAUAGCCAUCUUUUCAGUGUAAAUAAAAAAGAUGCCACUGAGUGAA